AUGAAUAUAGUGACCGCAGAGGUGAGACACAACCACACGGGGGCGGUAGUGUGCCGGGCUCAGGGCGAGUGGAAUGGUGUGUUAGAAUUCACCUACAGCAGCGGAGAGACCAAACUCAUGGACACACACAGACUUCCAGUGACCAGGAAACGGAUGAGACACGUGGAGAAGCAAGGCCCCCUGGAGUCACGGGCUGUGCGUUUGUGGCAGCAUGUGACCGAGGCUCUGAAGGCAGGAAACAUGGAUGAGGCCACAGAAAACAAGCACCACCUAGAGGAGAGACAGAGGAAUGAUGAGAGACAGCGAGCAGCCUCAAAAACGCCCUGGACCCCCAAACACUUCACCAAACAGGGCGAUGGCUGGACCUACAGCAGGCCUCUGUGGGAGACUCACUGACCAAGAUGCAGCUCAUUGUUCAAGGACUAACCACAAAAAAUAGAACUGGGCAAGAUCCAAGCCAGU